AGGGAGUCAUUCUACAUUGCAAAAAGAGACCCGGUGUUUGGGGAGGAAUCCUAUCUCUGUAUUUCUUCCUGCAGCCCCAUUGAGGGUUGUGGUCGGAACUUUCCAUCCCUUUCCUUUCUCCCUCUCUCUCUAUCUCUCUCUCUGUCUGUCCCUGUCUUUCUCUCUGUCUCUCUCCCUUCCUCCCUCUCUCGCGGUGGCCCAGGCUGCUCUGCCGGUCACGGUGAAGUCAGCGGCAGGCCUCUGGACAGUGGGCCCUGGAACUGCGAAAUUUGUCACACGGGUGUCAGGUAUUUCUUACUGACUUGCCAAGAACGUAGAUGAAGAAAUCUUUCCUGAACGUCCGUUUCAGGCUGCAGGCCGCUCUCCGGGGUUGAAGGAGGAAGAACGGGAGGACCACGGCAGAGGAGCAGAGAAAAAGAUGCUCCGGGGCUGCGGGCCAACCCAGGGGGACACGCUUGGGGUCAGACGCACCCACUUUGCCCGGGCUAUGCUCGAGCGAAGGCAAGUUCUUUUCUGUUGAAAGUUCGAGCCCCCUCAAGAUUAUGCUGCUCCCCCUUAUCAUUCUGUGGCCGGUAGUUUUUAAAUGUAGUUUUGCUAGUCUCUCAGACCCGGAGAACUGGAACUGUCCUGAAGUCUCUCCCUCAGGAAAGGGGAGCCCUGCUUGUGUGGGUCCUGCACCCUUCUUAAUUUUCUCCCAUGGAAUCAGUAUCUUUAGGAUUGACCUGGAAGGCACUAAUCAUGAGCAAUUGGUGGCAGAUGCUGGUGUAUCAGUGAUCAUGGAUUUUCAUUAUAAUAAAGAAAGAAUCUAUUGGGUAGAUCCAGAAAGACAACUUUUGCAAAGAGUUUUUCUGAAUGGGACAAGGCAAGAGAGAGUAUGCAAUAUAGAGAAAAAUGUUUCAGGAAUGGCAAUAAAUUGGAUAAAUGAAGAACUUAUUUGGUCAAAUCAACAGGAAGGAAUCAUCACAGUAACAGAUAUGAAAGGAAACAAUUCGCGAGUUCUCUUAAGAGCCUUAAACUAUCCUGCAAAUGUAGCAAUUGAUCCAAUAGAAAGGUUUAUAUUUUGGUCUUCAGAGGUGGCAGUGGCUGGCAGCCUUCACAGAGCAGAUCUCAAUGGUGUGGAAGAGAAGAUUCUUUUACAGACAUCAGAAAGAAUAACAGCUGUGUCAUUGGAUGUGCUUGAUAAACAGCUUUUUUGGAUUCAGUACAGCAGAGAUGGAAGCAAUUCUCAUAUUUAUUCCUGUAAUUAUGAUGGAGGUUCUGUCCAUCUUAGCAAACAUCUUACACAGCAUAAUUUUUUUGCAAUGUCCCUUUUUGGGAAUCAGAUCUUCUAUUCAACAUGGAAAAAGAAGACAAUUUGGAUAGCUAACAAACACAGUGGGAAGGAUAUGGUUAGAAUUAACCUAGAUUCAUCAUUUGUACCACCUGGUGGAAUCAAAGUAGUGCAUCCACUCUUACAGCCCAAGGCAGAGAGUGGCACUUGGGCACCUGAUCAGAAACUCUGCAAAUGGAAGCAAGGUAACUGCAGAGGCAGCACGUGUGGUCAAGAUUCAAAGUCCUAUUCAUGCACGUGUGCAGAGGGAUAUACUUUAAGCCAAGAUGGAAAAUACUGUGAAGAUGUCAAUGAAUGUGCCUUUUGGAAUCAUGGCUGUACUCUUGGGUGUGAAAACAUCCCUGGAUCUUAUUAUUGCACAUGCCCUGUAGGAUUUAUUCUGCUUCCUGAUGGGAAACGGUGUCAUCAAUUAAUUGCCUGUCCGAGCAAUACAUCUAAAUGUAGCCAUGACUGUGUUCUGACAUCAGAUGGUCCCAUAUGUUUCUGUCCUGAAGGCUCAGUGCUUGAGGCAGAUGGAAAAACAUGUAGUGGCUGUUCAUCACCUGAUAAUGGUGGAUGUAGCCAGCUCUGCCUCCCUCUCAGCCCAGUAUCCUGGGAAUGUGGUUGCUUUCCUGGGUAUGACCUACAACUGGACAAACAAAGCUGUGCAGCAUCAGGACCACAACCAUUUUUGCUGUUUGCCAAUUCUCAAGAUAUUCGACACAUGCAUUUUGAUGGAACAGAUUAUGGAACCCUGCUCAGCCAGCAAAUGGGAAUGGUUUUUGCCCUUGAUCACGACCCUGUGGAAAAUAAGAUAUACUUUGCCCAUACAGCCCUGAAGUGGAUAGAGAGAGCUAACAUGGAUGGUUCCCAGCGAGAAAGGCUUAUUGAGGAAGGAGUGGAUGUGCCAGAAGGUCUUGCCAUAGAUUGGAUUGACCGUAAAUUCUACUGGACAGACAGCGGAAAAUCUCUUAUUGAAGGGAGUGAUUUAAAUGGAAAACAUCGUGAGGUAAUCAUCAAGGAAGACAUCUCUCAGCCACGAGGAAUUGCUGUUCAUCCAAUGGCCAAGAGAUUAUUCUGGACUGAUAUGGGGAUUAAUCCACGAAUUGAAAGUUCUUCCCUUCAAGGCAUUGGCCGACUGGUUAUAGCUAGCUCUGAUCUGGUCUGGCCCAGUGGAAUAACGAUUGAUUAUGUAACUGACAAAUUGUACUGGUGUGAUACCAAGCUGUCUGUGAUUGAGAUGGCCAAUCUGGAUGGUUCAAAACGCCAAAGACUUGCCCAGAACGAUGUAGGUCACCCAUUUGCUAUGGCCGUGUUUGAGGAUCACGUGUGGUUCUCUGAUUGGACUAUGCCAUCAAUAAUAAGAGUGGACAAGAGGACUGGCAAAAACAGGGUACGUCUCCGAGGCAGCAUGCUGAAGCCUUCAUCACUGGUUGUAGUUCAUCCAUUGGCAAAACCAGGAGCACAGCCCUGCUUAUAUCAAAAUGGAGGCUGUGAACAUAUUUGCAAAGAGAGGUUUGGAACUGCUCAAUGUUUGUGUCGUGAAGGUUUUGUGAAAGCCCCAGAUGGGAAAAUGUGUCUGGCUCUGAAUGGCCAUCAGAUACCGGCAGUAGGUAGUGAAGCAGAUCUAAGUAAUCACGUAACGCCAGGGGAUGUCUUACCCAGAAGUGAAGGAUUUGAAGAUAACAUUACAGAAUCUCAGCAUAUGCUAGUGGCCGAAAUCAUGGUGUCAGAUGCUGACGACUGUGCUCCUGUGGGAUGCAGUACAUGGGCUGAGUGUGUUUCAGAGGGAGAAAAUGCCACAUGUCAGUGUUUGAAAGGAUUUACUGGGGAUGGAAAGCUAUGUUUUGACAUAGAUGAAUGUGAGAUGGGCAUCACGAUUUGCCCUCCUACCUCCUCAAAGUGCGUCAAUACUGAAGGUGGUUAUGUUUGUCAGUGCUCAGAAGGCUACCGAGGCGAUGGGAUCCACUGUCUGGAUAUUAAUGAGUGCCAACUGGGCAUGCACACCUGUGGGGAAAAUGCCACCUGUACAAAUAUGGAGGGAAACUAUACCUGCAUGUGCGCUGGCAGCCUGUCUGAACCUGGACAGAUAUGUGCUGACUCUACUCCGCCUUCUCAUCCCAUGGAGGACAGUCACUAUUCUGUGAGAAAUGGUUAUCGGGAAUGCCCCUCAUCCUAUGAUGGGUACUGCCUCUAUAAUGGUGUGUGUAUGUACAUUGAAGCAGUCGACAGAUACGCAUGCAACUGUGUUUUUGGCUACGUCGGGGAGCGAUGUCAGCACCGAGACCUGAAAUGGGAACUGCGCCACGCGGGCCAGGGCCGGCAGCGGCAGGUCGCCGCGGUGGCCGUGGGCGUGGCCGUGCUCGUCCUGCUGCUGCUGCUCGGGCUGGGGGGCGCGCACUGCUACAGGACUAAGAAGUUGUCAUCAAAAAAUUUAAAGAAUCCUUAUGAAGAGCCAAGCAGAGAAGGUAGCAGUAGCAGGCCUUCAGACAGCGAGGCUAGGAUGGCCUCUUGUCCCCAACCUUGGUUUGUGGUUAUAAAGGAACAUCAAAAUCUCAGGAAUGGAAGUCAACCUAUGGCCCUCAAGGAUGGUGAGUCAGCAGAUGUUAGCCGGUUUUCCUCUCCAGAGCCAGGGUCAGUAAAACGGACCUCAUGGAGAAAUGAACACCAGUUAUAUAAGGACACAGAGCAAGGCUGCUGCACUCCACCAUCCAGUAAUAGAGGCACCGGCUCUCAGUCAAUGGAGCAGAGCUUUUCUGUCCCCUCCUAUGAGGCACAGCCCAUUGCUUUGGGGGUUGAGAAGCCACAGUCUCUCCUAUCAGCUAACCCUUAUUGCAACAAAGGGCCCCAGAUCCACCACACCAAAUGAAGCUGAUUCAGUGACAACUGGAAUUAAAAGGUCAAAAAGUAUAAACUGUAUUGAUAGACGGUAAUAUUUCAUUUCAAAAAGUAGAGGGAAAAUACAGAUUUUGGUGCCACAAUCUCUUCAACUAAUCACCAACCCAGGGUCCUGGAGACAAAUAUGUAGUUGUGCUUUUGUUUCUUCCUUCAAGCAGUCCCACUGCAGAUUUUCAAGUAAGAGCAACUGGGAGAAUCACUAGGGAACUCAUUAGAAACUGGAACACAGUAUUACUCUGUGUUAUCUUCUGUAGUCAAUACAGACAGAUUUUUUUUUCUCUGCAGCCCCAGAAGAAAUUAGGUGAAAGCAGGUAACCACACUUGUCUGUUUAUAUAAGGUAAUUCCUUUUAUCUGGACAGAAUAUUUAGUUCAAUCUUAUAAAAAUGAUUAGAAUAUUAAAAUUGCUGUUAUGAUACAUUGUAGGUACCUAACCUACCAUCGGUGUGGUCCAUGCUGUUAAUUUCAUGGAAUGAAUUUUUAUAAAUUGACCAAAAAAUGUAUUAACUUAGAACCUGAUUUCUUUGGAAUGAGUUGGCUUAUUUUUUCUAUUUUAAAAUCUUUGAAUUAAAAUAUUUUAUUUUUAAAAAAUAACUCAAGAGACGUCGGUGUUUCUCAAGCUUUACUAUUCUUUCCCCAUGAAAUGUUUUUAAUGAAAACGGUAAAUUUUCCUUUCAUGUGUUGGCACAGAAUUUUUACUUCUUUUCAAAUAUGAGAUUGCAAGCAAAUUUUCAGAUUUAUUUUCAUUUUGAACAACG